UUUGCUUUGCGCCGGCGGUGAAGACGAUAAUGUCGCACUGGCCUGCUUCCUUGUGUGUCCCUGCUCGCACGCGUGUGCUGGUGUUGCCGUGAAAGGUAGCGUCUGACAGAUCCUGGACCUGGGCGUCUCUGAGUUCCUCCUGGGGGUCGAUUACCAGGAUGUCGCCGGCGACGGGGUUCAUGAUGAGCGAGUAGGCAAUGGUAGCACCGACGUCGCCGGCGCCGACGAUAGCAAUGGACGAGGUGAGCUUGGGGUCUGACAUGAUUGCGGUGUGAGUAUCGAACGAUGGAACGGAGGGAGGACGCAGUGGCCGAGCCGGACUACUACUUUGAUUAUUUUGUACACCAGUACGUCAUGGUCGUGUACGUCAUUAUCGUGGUGGAGCCCUGCAUGCAGUCUAGACUUUGGUGGUGCUGUCCGGUAUGGUGGUCCCACGACACGUGCAGUCGCCGUGCUCAUAAUCCGCGCAGUCGCCGUGCUCACAAUCCGCGCAGUCGUCGUGUUCACAACCCGUGCAGUCGCCGUGCUCACAAUCCGCGCAGUCGUCGUGCUCACAACCCGCAACGCCAGUGCUUGUUCAAGCCGCAUGCUCCCGCUGUAAUGCAACAAAGAUUGACGGUAGAAAAGUCUCCGUUUAAAUGUACCCGUCCUCGUAGAAUGGCGUCCUGUAGAAUGGCGUCCUGCGUGGCCUUGCUCGUGGCACUGUGGUCCGAGGCUUCCUUGUGCUGGCCUAGGACAUGUUUCGAGUUUGGGGGGUUCCAGGAGAGGAAUUCGAGUUUGGGGGGUUCCAGGAGAGGAAUUCGAGUUUGGGGGGUGCUAGGAAAUGUUUCGAGUUUGGUGGGUGCUAGGAAAUGUUUCGAGUUUGGGGGGUGCUAGGAGAGGAACUCGACCCGACAAGAUCCAGUGCGAACCCGA